UCAAUAAUCGAGCAUGAUCGAUUAGGCGUGCAAAGGGCAUCUGUCAUUUCGUUCACUCCAUAGAAUUGCAGUCAGGAACACACUACACAACUAAGAAUCACACCACACUCUGACCUCAACGUUUUCAACAACCAUUUCUCUUCCCAUCAACGGUUCAACGCAUCACUGCACAAUCACUUCCUUCUUCAAAUACUUCUCCUCUCAUCUUUUGUCUCCUUUCUCUUCAAUCACCGUUUUCCCAAAACAAUUCUCUUCUCUUCUAAUUCUCAUCACGCAACCGCGUAACUAAAAUCUCCGUUUCCGUUCAAUUCCUUCAUAACUCUCCUCCACUUUUUAUUAUUAUCAUUAUCAUUAUUUAAUUAUUUAUUAAUAAUAGUAGUAAUAAUUUCAUUCCCCUCUUUGCUUCGAGUUUAAUCAAAAUUUCAAUCAUGCAGCGCUCUCACUCUCUCUCUCUCUAGAGAGCUCGGCCUGCCAUGUCAUCACAAACAGCCGCCUCCAUGGAGGCGCCGGAGUCCCACGCGCCGCUGCUCCGCCCCCUCACCGAUGCCAGCCGAGCCCCCGUCCCCACGCUCGCGCUCCUCCUCGGUCGCGCCGGCCGUCGCGGUCCCUCCAUGCUGGUGCGGGAGACGGCAGCGCGUGAGCUUGAGGAGCGCCGGGCCGACUGGGGUUACUCCAAGCCGGUGGUGGCGCUUGACAUGUCGUGGAACAUGGCCUUCGUCGUCGUCACGGCGGUGAUGCUCGCAUGCACUACCGCCGAGCGCCCGAACACGCCGAUCCGCGUGUGGAUCGUUGGCUACGCGCUGCAGUGCCUCGUGCACGUGUUGCUCGUGUGGCUCGAAUACCGUCGCCGGAGCCGGAGGGACUCGCACCACGGCCAGAGAGCGCGGGACGUGGAGAGCGACGCCGGCAGCGGUGACGAAGACUACAGUGACGACAGAGAUUGGAGCUCUGGCUACUCGUCUCGCUCCCGCUUCACAAAACGAUGUGAGUUGUUAAAUACUGGGGUUUCAUUCCUUUGGUGGAUAGUGGGCUUUUAUUGGGUUGUCUCUGGUGGCAAUAUACUUCUGCAAGAUGCCCCACGAUUGUACUGGUUGGUUGUUGUCUUUCUGGCAUUUGAUGUCUUUUUUGCCAUCUUCUGUGUUGUCUUGGCUUGCUUGAUUGGCAUUGCUCUCUGUUGUUGUUUGCCCUGCAUCAUUGCUAUUCUCUAUGCUGUUGCAGGACAGGAAGGUGCAUCAGAAGCAGAUCUUAGCAUGCUUCCAAAAUACAGAUUUAGAAUAUUAAGCGAUGAGGAUAAGCCUAGUGGUGGAGCUGGAUCUAUGGUUCCCAUAGAAACCAGCAGCGCUUACUUGGCAAAUGAACGAACACUUCUACCUGAGGAUGCGGAAUGUUGUAUAUGCCUUUGUUCAUAUGAGGAUGGAGCAGAGCUGCAUGCUCUUCCCUGCAAUCAUCAUUUCCAUUCUUCAUGCAUUGUGAAAUGGCUGAAGAUGAAUGCAACUUGUCCUCUCUGCAAGUACAAUAUUCUAAAGGGAAACGAACAAGUGUGACAGAAAAGUGAAGAACAUACCAAGUACCAACUGGGUGUUUCAACAACUGUUCUGUAAUAUGUAUAUAUAAUUUCAAGACAAGAAGGUAAAGUUUACCUCCGUACUCGUUGGGUUUUGAUCGUUGUUUCGUUUAGCGGUUUCUGUAGAGAAAAGAUAUAUAGAGCAUUUAUUGGUGAAUAAGUUAGCAACUGUAGUAUGCUUAAGCAUUAUUUCGUCCUUUUUAGAUUCAGAGUUGUCCAAUUUAUGGAUUGUUCAUUACUUUUCUGACGGAAACUAGAUUGUUUCAUUUGCUGCUGUUGAGUAAUCACAGGUUUAAUUCAUUUGAUUGUGUUAAAUUUAUGGACUA